AUGGGUCAACUUCUUUCGUGUGCAGGUAUUCGUUUGGGCACACGAAUAAGUGAACCGGAAUCAACUGAAAUUCCAAUUCAUCAUAAAUGUCGAAAUUGUGGUCAACAAUGUGAUCAAUCAAAACUUUCGGAUACAUGUAUUUAUUCAAAAUUUACACGUACAGGUACAAAAGAACAACCAUUAAUUAUUCGAUCAAUUGUACCAAAUGGUAAAGUACGUUGGUCAUCAUCAUUUGAUUAUCAUCCAAUUGAAUUUACAUCAGAAAAAAUUCGUACAUCAACUAAAGAAUAUGUUGAUCGAGAUCCACGACAAGAUCUAAAUAUUGAAAUACCAUGGAAUUCAGAUGAUCGUUUAUGUGAUCGACGAUCUUAUCAUGGACCUUAUAAAAUUAUUGAACGUAUACCACAAAAUCCAUGUGGACGAACAGGAAUUACAGGACGAGGACAUCUUGGUCAUUUUGGUCCAAAUCAUGCUGCUGAUCCAAUUGUAACUCGAUGGAAACGUGAUAAAAAUGGUGCAAAAAUGUUUCAUCCAUCUACUAAAAAAGGAAUGUUACAAUUUGUUUGUAUACUUCGAAGAGAUACAAAUGAAUAUGCUAUACCAGGUGGUAUGGUUGAUAAAAAAGAAAAAGUUACUGAUACAUUACAACGUGAAUUUCAUGAAGAAGUACUUAAUUUUCCAGAUUUAGAUGAGUGUGGUAAAGAAAAAUUAGUAAAAGUAAUUAAAAAUAUUUUUGAAAAUGGUGGUACAAAAAUUUAUUGUGGUUAUGUUGAUGAUCCAAGAAAUACUGAUAAUAGUUGGAUGGAAACAACAGCAUAUAAUUUUCACGAUGAAGAUAAUGAACAUCUUGCAUUAAUCAAUGUUCAAGCUGGUGAUGAUGCAACAAAUGCUUUUUGGCAUGAUCUUGAUUCUCAAAUUCCAUUAUUUGCAAGUCAUGCUGAUUUUCUUAGACGAGUUGCUUAUUUACAUAAGGCACAUUGGUGA